AUGGCCCCGACGACUCAAGCCCCGGCCAUACCGCCGACCAUGCGCGCCUGGGUACGUCGGCGGCGCGGCCCAGCGCGUAGCGUCCUCGAGCUGGCUACUGGCCUUCCUACACCCGCUGUGCCGACCCGCUUGUCGUCCGACGUGUUGAUCCGCGUAUCGCACGUCUCGCUACAGUUCACUACCGGAAUGGUGAUGAAGACGGUGCCUAUUCUGCCCUUCUCCGGCCCGUGGAUUCCCGAGAUCGAGCUGUCCGGUGAGGUGGUGGCCGCCGGCGAGGGCGCGCCAGCCGAGAUCCGUGAGCUGGGCACGCACGUUGUCGCCUUCCAGAGUGUGCCGCUGCCUCUGCUCCUGGGCCACGGUGUACUGGCCGAGUAUGUGCGGCUACCCGGCAGCCAGGUCGCUCGUAUCGACGCCUCGCUCGGCAUGGCAUCGGCUUCGGGAAUUAUCUGCUCCGGCAGCACAGCGCUGAAGAUAAUCCGCACGGCGGCCGUCCGCGAGGGCCACACAGUGCUCGUGAAUGGGGCCAGCGGGUCGAUCGGGUCGGUCCUUGUGCAACUGUGCAAGCUGCGUGGCGCCAAGGUGGUUGGCGUGGCCAGCGGCGGGAACGAGGCUAUGGUGCGCGGCAUGGGCGUAGAUGAGUUCGUCGAUUACCGCAAGCACGACCCGCUGCCGGCCUACCUGGCGCAGCAGUACGGGAACAAGCGGUUUGACUUUGUGCUCGACUGCGUCGGCACGCAGGCGCUCUUUGUCAACUCCCCAGCAUAUCUUAAGCCCGAGGGCGCUGUCAUCAACGUUGGCGCGCUCGAGGGUAUCGGUGUGACGGUGCGCAACAUGCUGUUAAACACCUGCUUACCUACCUGGCUAGGCGGUGUGCCCCGACGCUACAUCAUGUUUAGCACUCCUCCAGCGCGUGACGACGCUGUGUACCUGGCACCACUGAUCGAGGAGGGGCGCCUGCGCGUCCCUGUCGACUCCGUCUUCGACAUGGAGGACGGUGUGAGUGCCUACGAGCGCAUCGCCACGAAACGUGCGCGGGGCAAAGUCGUGGUCAAAGUGCGUAGCGACUAA